AUGGGAUCCUGGGCUCCCGAACGUCUGCUCUGGGGCAGAGAUUUCAACUCAAGAGGUACAGUUUCCGAGGGAAGGCUCUCCUCUGCUUCGGCCGAGGAGCAGCUGCGAGAUUUUGCGGUGCAGAACUACGAGGAAGCUGUCUCUGCCGCUCUGAAGAAUUGUUUGUGGCUGAGGGUUUCUGGCUGCUCGCAUGGCAUGGCUCGUACUGGUACCGCUGCUCCGAUCUGUUUGUUUCAAACGCUAUACAUCUUUGCAAGAACCGGGGGCUGGGUGCCGUUGCUGUCGUGCAUCAGAGCCAGGCCGAUGGCGGGCCUGCAGAUGCGAAGCGUGCGCGGGAGCUGCUGGCCUCCUCCCCAGCAGGGAGGGCUUCGCCUUGCGCGGCUGCGCAUGCGCAUGCGCAAGACUCAGAGCGGAGAUGCCGCAUUCUCGCAGACCGCGGGGCUUUGCCUCGAUGCCUUGGCCCAGUUCGGCGCCGUCUCAGCGCCACUCGGCGGCGCUGAAACGGAAAGAAAGACACGAGUCUGGACGCUUAAGAGGGGACUGCAAGUGUCGCCUAGGCCGAGUCUCAAGGAGAGGCCCGGGCGUCCUGCAGUAGAUGCCCCUUGA